AUGAACCCACGCAGGGGGAUUUAUCAAAACAAUGCUGACAUGUCUACGUUUUUAGACUGGACUCUUCCCGGUCCCGGUACGGGUGUCAUUGGAGGUCAAAAGGCUGAGGGAGCCUCGUCCCUGAUCCCCGAGCCUGGUAUGCAUGUCCAUCACCUCGAAACCAUUGACCAGAGUGCCUUUCUUGCGCUUCCCGUAGCUCAGAGUGCCAAAACGUUAUCCCUCCCCUCCGAUGCAGGAUCUGGGGAAAACGAACCCCAUGCAUAUGAUGCUGCCCGGCCGGUGGGUCAGAGGAGGAGUGAAGCAAUGGGCGGCCGAGGUGGCGAAACGGAAAACCCGGGCAACACUCGUGGCAGUGGUGGCGCUGGUGGUGGCGCUGGUGGUAGUGAUCAUUCGGACAGUUCUUCAGAUGGAGAUGGCGAUGGUGGUCGUGGUAACCGUGGCAGUAACCGUGGUGGUAACCGUGGUGGUAACCGUGGUGGUAACCGUGGUGGUAACCGUGGUGGUAACCGUGGUGGUAACCGUAGCGGUGGCCGUGGUGGUGGUGGCCGUGAUGGUGUUGCCGGUGGGGCUGGUGGUAGUAAUCAUCCGGACAGUUCUUCAGAUGGAGAUGGCGAUGGUGGUCGUGGUAACCGUGCUGGUGGCCGUGCUGGUGGCCGUGGUGGGGGCCGUGCUGGUGGCCGUGGUGGUGAGAAACCAGGUGAUCCUUCGAGUGGAGAUGACGAUGGUCGCGGCAGUCGCGGCAGUCGUGGUCGUGGCGGUCGUGGCGGUCGUGGUGGUGGCCGCGACGGAAAGGAGCCGCGUGACUUUCGUGUAGAAGAUGAAAGAGGGGUUUGGGUGGGCCAAUUUCGCUUCACUGGUAUAGAUGGCGAAUAUAUUGAGUGUAUCCGCACUACACUCGAAACCCGGGCCCAUCUUAAAGAUCUUGCUGAUAAACCUCGACUCACACUUGCCGACGUAGAGUUCUUAACCAACUUCAUUAAUCAGCAAAGCACACCUCCCGAUCAAGCAAUCCUUCGAGAGAUUUGGGGUCUUGCUCCAAGGGCAGAGCGUGCUGCGCGCCGAACCCUCCGCGAGGAGGCUUGGCCUGCACGGGGUGAGAAGGCGGCUUUUGGACUCGUCAGUGUCAACAGCCCAUUCGGGAUUCUCGCUUGGCCCUGGAGACAGCUCUGGGACAUCGCCUUCAGUUUAGACGACGCAGACUACCAACUUCCCGGAACAAAUGCCUUUCAGGACUACAUCAACGAAAAGCGGAUGCGGACGACACGAGGGGGAAAUGGCGAUGACAGUGUGAACCCAGCUAGAGCCGCUCAGGGCCAAUCAGGUAUUGACCCCGAGAUAAGUGCGAAGCGGAUCUACUCAACGCUCCCUCGCCGCCCGCACCAAACUCCAGUCGCUUCCAUUCUCCGCGCGGGCCCCAAGCCAGGAGCCGCCUGGGGUAUACUCACUUUCCUGGGUCUAGGACUAGUGCUCACUCUGGCCAUUUACAAUUCGCUUAUCUUCUUGCGCAUGCGCAGCGACCAACACUCCUGGGAAUUCGCCAACGGGUCCCGAUCCAGUGCGGGGCCCUUUUGGUCGGUCGAAAACUCAUGUUGGUCAAAUUGCCUUAGCGGUAUCUGGGGUGGACCGAGCCAGAGCUCUAGAAAAUCGCAACAAUGGGAAUGGCUCUGGACUCUACUUGAAGAUUGGGUGGCUACGAAUGAUGAGGGGCAGAUCCUUCCAUCCUAAUUAUAUCCCUCUGUCUUUACCUCUCUUAGCUUAACCUUUCACUCCUUUUCCCCCACCUUUUCAAAGUUCACUUGCUGUCUCCUUUGUCAGGUUCCCGGCACUGCUCUGCUCUAUCUUAUCAUGUCUAAUGGAGGUUUCAUUGCCUUUUUUUGUCCGCAUUUUUAGUGUAUUCCUUCUGUAUCAUCGAUUCUCCUCUUUUCUUCUUACUCCUGUCCAUUCGGGUACCGCGUUUUUACCUUACCAUCCCCUUUCUCGUUACCUUUUCCCAGUUUCAUGAGUCGUCACUCGCUAUUUCAAGUAGCACUGACCCUUCCUCCACCUAUCAAGCUAUAGUUUCCACCCAUACCAAUGACUCGAUCAUUUCCUUACGUGCCACGCUAUUACACCCAAAAAUAGUUCGAUGUAUAGUUACGGGGGGUUUGUACAAUAGCCAUUUAUUGCUUUCUAGAUGUAAUACCUAAACCUGCUAAUCACGCACGACAUUUCAUUUC